AGAUUUUUUUUUCCAAAAAGAAAAGAAAAUUAUCGUCUCCCUCCGUUUUUUAUUUAAAGAAUUUCAAAUGUUAGGAGAAACAGCGAAACCCUAUUACUCCAUAGCUCUUGCUUCUGAAUGUAAGCUUCAUCAAUCUCGAUCUCACUUCAAUCACGACCCAUUACUCAAAACCUUCUCAAUUUAAUCUUCUAUUUCACCACAGAUCAAUCGAUUCUGUUGGUUGCUUUUCCAUCGUCAUUUGUUCAAUUUGAUCUUUCCACACCAAAAAUGCCAAGGGGUAGACCCAGAAAAAACGUUAAAAUAACUGAACCGGUACCUGAACCUAAGGAACCUCACUUCAUGGACCACGAAAUCAAAGCGCUGGAGCAACAAAUCAGUGUGAUUAGGGCAGUUAAAGAGGUGAAAACCGAACACUUGUUGACAGAUUUGCGAUAUCUUCGCACGUGUUUCAGCGAGGAACAGCACCAGAAACUCGUGUUAGAGAUUUUUGAAGAAACUCUUCCUAAUCUGUCCAUUGUGAAUGAUAAAGAGAGUAACAAAUUUGAAGUGACAUGGAAAGAUAAAGAGUCUAUGAAUAUGAAAAUGAACGGUGGUGAUUUACAUGAUUCAUUUCUGCAAAGGUUGUCCAUGGCUUACCCUCACUGCUCCUCUUUAAUUCCUCCUUUUGCUGGUGCCUUUGAAUAUUCUUCCGAUGCAGUAGGGAGAACAAGCUUUAUUGGUGCUGAUAAUCCGUAUUUGAAGGACUUUGUUUUGGAGGAGCCAUCUGAAACUCAAAUUUUGGCAACGCAAGAAGGUCUUCAGACUCCUGGUGUGACUAGUCAGAGGUUGUCUGUUGGGAUGACGCCCAAAACACUUAGGGUCCCCAAGCCUGGCGAGAUGCUUCUCUCUGUUCAUGGAUCACCCCUAGGUGUUUACAAGGACAAUAACAUGGAAGCCAUACAUGAGUCCGAGGAGGGUUGAAUCCUGGUUAAAUCUCUUGCAGUUCAAGAUCAGGUUUUUCAUGUAUCUAUGUGCACCAAUCAUUAAUAUUUCAAUAGUCACUCUAGAUGAGAUUUGGGUCAAAGUUUGUGACCUCUUUGCUCAGUAUUUAUUUUUUGUAAUUUGUAUGGCUAAUUUGGCUGACACAUAUGCCCAAUACCAAAAUCAUGUUUCAAACUA